ACUGCUGUGUACAGUAGUCGGUACCAUUACGGUGGUGCACAGUAUGCUGUUAACUACACGUGAGUUUUAAUGGAAAUGUGAAUAUCGGGAGUUGAAAAAGGAUUAUUCACGCAUAAAUCACGUUGUUUUUAUCUCUUCAGCGAUGGGGAGAUUGCGAAAGAAACACAACUGGAAAGGGAGGCAGCAGGAUGAAGCUAAACCAGCACCUGCCACCCACAAGGAGACUGACGUUGUGGUGGAAUUAGGUGACACAGCUGUUCUGAAAGGAGUGGAUGAAAGCAAUGCGCUGGUUCUCCCAGCCACCAAAACAAAGAAACAGAAGGUGGUGCAACCUGUCUGCAAGAAGAAACCUCUGACCAAGAAACAGAGGAAGAAUCUAGAGAAAGUUCUGGAACAGAAAGAGAAGAAAGCUCGUCGAGCAGAUGUCUUGAAUAAACUGGCAGAAGUUCAGCUGCCAGAAUCAGAAAUGAAGCUGCUAUACACAACCUCCAAACUGGGCACUGGAGACAAACUCUAUCAGACUAAAAAAUCUCUGGAUGAGACCCAGGAGGACAGUUCAGCUCCAGUCAAAAUCAGCAGCCUGAGUGGUGCUAACAGAAAGAGGAAGAGGAGGAGAGAGGAUGAAGGUGAGAGUGAAAGCGAAGUGGAUUCUUCUAAGGAAGAAAAGAGUGGAGAAUCAGACUCAUCUGAAGAAGAAGAGGAGGAUGAGACAGGAGAAGAGGUUUCAGAAAAAGCAAAACCUUCAGAAAAGGAGGCACAGCAAGAAGACGAGAAACUGAAAGCGGUGGAAGUAAAGGAGGAAAAGAAAGUGGAAAAUGAAAAAGAAUCAAAAACAGCUGUGAAAAAGAAAGAGGACUGUCAGCCGGCUGUAUUCAUUCCAGUGGACAGGCUGCCAGAGAUACAAGAGGCUCGUCUGAAGUUGCCGGUGCUGGCUGAGGAGCAGGUGAUCAUGGAGGCAGUCAGGGAGAAUGAGUGUGUGGUGUUGUGUGGUGAGACAGGCAGUGGGAAAACUACACAGGUUCCACAGUUCCUUUACGAGGCUGGAUAUGCCAGUGCUGGUGGUAUAAUUGGUGUGACUGAACCCAGGAGAGUGGCAGCUGUCAGCAUGUCUCACCGAGUCGCCAAAGAGAUGAAUCUCUCCACAGGGGUGGUGUCCUAUCAGAUCAGAUAUGAGGGGAAUGUCACAAAAGACACCAAGAUCAAGUUCAUGACUGAUGGUGUCCUGCUGAAAGAGAUUCAGAAGGACUUUUUGUUGCAGAAGUACAGUGUGAUCAUAAUUGAUGAGGCUCAUGAGCGCAGUGUGUACACAGACAUCCUCAUUGGCCUGCUUUCACGCAUCGUACCACUCCGCAACAAGAAAAGUUUGCCUAUGAAGCUGCUGAUCAUGUCAGCUACACUGCGCGUGGAGGACUUCACUGAAAACAAGAGACUCUUCCGCACUCCUCCUCCAGUCAUCUCGGUGGAAGCUCGUCAGUUCCCAGUCACAGUUCACUUUAAUAAACACACACCGAUGGAAGAUUACACAGGAGAGGCCUUCCGCAAAACCUGCAAGAUUCACCGCAUGCUACCUCCAGGCGGUAUCCUGGUGUUUCUGACUGGUCAGGCAGAGGUGCACUCUGUGUGCCGGAGACUGAGGAAAGCUUUUCCCUACAGAGCCAGCGUACAACACACUGAUGCAGAGGACACAUCAGAGGAGCUCAGGAAGUUUAAGAAAGCAAAAAAGAAGAAAACAGUGUCUCUUCCAAGGAUAGAUCUGGAUAACUACUCUGCUCUGCCUGUGGAUGAGGGCGAUGAGGAUCGGCAGGCUGGCAUCGAUGAUGAUGACGCUGAGGAAGGUUCAGACCUGGACCUGGAUUUAGGCGAUCACCCAGAGGACACUGAGGAGAAGGCUGAUCCCUCUAUUCCGCUGUAUGUGCUGCCUCUGUACUCACUCCUGGCACCUGAACAGCAAGCUAAAGUGUUUCGUCCUCCUCCUCCAGGAGCUCGUUUGUGUGUGGUUGCCACCAAUGUGGCCGAGACAUCUCUCACUAUCCCUGGUAUUAAGUACGUGGUGGACUGUGGCCGGGUGAAGAAGAGAUUCUACGACCGAGUGACGGGAGUCUCCUCAUUUAAGGUCACCUGGAUUUCACAGGCCUCAGCCAAUCAGAGAGCUGGGAGGGCGGGAAGAACAGAGCCGGGACACUGCUAUAGGCUGUACUCCUCUGCAGUAUUUAGUGAUUUUAGCUUGUUCUCUGAGGCUGAGAUUACCCGCCGACCAGUUGAAGACCUUGUCCUUCAGAUGAAAGAUCUCAACAUUGAGAAGGUUGUGAACUUUCCGUUCCCGACCCCUCCUUCAUCUGAGGCACUGGUGUCUGCUGAGCAGCUGCUGGUCUCUCUAGGAGCUCUGGAGGAACCUCCUCGGCAAGGACGGAUGGUGGAUAUGGAGAGGGCUCGUCUGUCUUGCCCUAUAACCCCUCUGGGUCGUGCAAUGGCGGCAUUUCCCGUUGCACCGCGCUAUGCUAAAAUGCUAGCUCUGGGUCGCCAGCAGGGCUGCAUGCCCUAUGUCAUUACUAUAGUGGCAGCCAUGACUGUCAGAGAGAUCUUUGAGGAACUGGACAGGCAGACGAGUAGUGAGGAGGAGAGCAGUAAGCUGGCUGGGAGAAAGGCUCGUUUUGCUCAGAUGAGGAGGCUGUGGGCAGGGCAGGGUCCAUCUCUACUGCUUGGAGACCUCAUGGUGAUGCUAGGUGCCGUAGGGGCGUGUGAGUUUGCUGGCUGCACGCCAAGCUUUUGUGAGGAGAAUGGCCUUCGCUACAAAGCCAUGCUGGAGAUACGAAGGUUGCGGGGGCAGCUUACUAAUGCAGUGAACGCUGUGUGUUCUGACGCGGGGGUUUGUGUGGACGGCAAAAUGGCGCCCCCUACUGAAUCUCAGGUGGUGUGUUUGAGGCAGAUUGUUCUGGCAGGCUUGGGCGAUCAUCUGGCCAGAAGAGUACAGGCUGAGGAGAUACUGGAUCCAAAAUGGAGAAAUGGCUACAAGACCCCCCUGCUGGAUGAUCCUGUAUUUAUCCACCCUUCCUCUGCCCUCCACAAAACACUGCCUGAGUUUGUUGUCUACCAGGAGGUCAUGGAGACCACCAAGAUGUACAUGAAAGGUGUGUGUGCCGUGCAACCUGAUUGGAUUCCAAAGCUCAUCCCACAGUAUUGUCACUUCAGCGGACCAGAGCAAAACCCCGCCCCCUGGUAUUGCCCACUCAGUGGCAGAGUGAAGUGUCAACAGCGGAGCACCUUCUUUAGAAUUGGUUGGAAGCUUCCUGCCAUAGAAAUGGAUCAUCCAGAAGGUAGUGAGCGCUACAAACUGUUUGCCAGGUUUCUGCUGGAGGGACAGGUUUGUCCCAGGUUGCAGCAGUACAGUACACAUUUACUGUCUAGCCCCUCGACCAUGCUGAAGACUUGGGCCAAGCUGCAACCUCGCACUGAAGCUCUGUUGGGAGCACUGGUGUCUGAGAAAGUCAACAACAGAGAUGCCUUAGAAGCUGCAUGGAAGAAAAAUGGAAAAUAUCUCCUGUCAGCAUACUGUCGGUGGAUUCCAGAGUCGCUUCACCAAGACGUCACGAAGAGCUGGCCCCCUAUCUGACACACACACACACACACCCUGCCUAACCACCUGUCUCACCUUCACUCAAAACACAUACUCUCACUCAAACUGGCCCUUUGAACUGUAAACAGAGCUGGUCUCAGAGGAUUUAUGUCUUUAACACCACAAGGCUUUUUAAAGACAGAUUCUCCCUUGUCUCUGGUGGAAUGGACCCAAGACCUUUUCUACAUUUACCAGCUUUAAAUAGUGUAUUUAUUUGUGGACUUACUGAAGAUCACAGGAGAAAUCUCUUGGAACUUAAUCAGCAUCUGGGCUGAUCUUCUGUUUAUACAUGGGAAAAUGUAGUGAUUUAAAUGUGCAUAUAAUUUUGACAAACAUAUAACAAUACAUCAACACUAUCGGCUAAAGUAAGCAAACUAGAAGAGAAAAUAGUGUGGAUGUUAUGUUUUACCCAUGUGGAAAUGCUGUGCACAUUUGAAUCAAGUAAAUUCAGUGAAUUCUUUUUUUUUUUUCUUUUUUCAAAUUUAGUCAUGAAUGAAAAGAGUCUCUACUGAAAAUGAGAACUGGGGCUAAUCUGGUUUAGUCUGUGUCUGGGACUAGACCUUAGGCUUUAAACGCUAUGAGACAUUCAGGGUCAGACUGGACACUUGGAACAUCAUCAGCUGUGCAACUUUUUGGGUUGUGAAACUACAAAUAAAUCCUUUUUUA